UCUCUCGUUUUCAGUAGCAGUCGCAAGAUGAUUAAGUGGUAUUCCUGGAUUAUCUUCGUUACUCUUGGCGUUUCCGCGCAAGAAAUCUUACGCCGGGAUGUCCCGCCGGAGCUUCAAAAAUGUUACGACGAUAAAUUCCUUCAGGAGAAGGACAAUAGAUUUCCGCAUACCUUGAACACGUUGAUCGCACUAAUCCGUAAAAUUGAAGAUUCCAAUGACAUGGAUUUACGAAGAUUGACCAUCGGGAUUAUGCACAAAUUUCGCCUAGACGGUAUAGUAGGAAAUCCAAACGUCCCGAGUAAACCCGGCGUGUCGCCCUAUGCUCCACUCCUUGAACAGGACGCGAAAUUUAGACGAAUACUUACCUUUAUACCACAGAGAGACUCCGAGCUUAAUGACGAACUUACCGAUAUAGAAAGGUGCUCUCUUCAUUUUAUGCUGUCCGGUUCAAUCGAAAUUUUUGAAAGAGGCGACGAAAAUGUGGUGUGUAAAGUAACGAAUAACGCGUAUAGAAGAAGAACAAGGAGAGCAAUCAGCGAACGUCCCGCUAAAGAGAAUUUAAAUAUCAAUGACGUAGAAACAUUAACACCCGAGCAGAUUGAUGGUAUGAUAAACCACAAGGAAACUGGCACAGAAGAUCCGAAUGCGUUAUAUCCAGCGUUACCGCCGAACCAUCCAAAAGCCGCUCAAAUUCUGUCCCUACCGCCGUACAGCGAUUGUCCUGUGGAGAAUGGCGUUAUAAAAACGAACUGGGGUUCUGUCUCUAUCGGGUCAGUAAUCGCUGGUAUAGCCGCUGGAUUACAACCGGAAACGGUAAAAUUAUCAGAGGUGUUUCCACAUGCCGCGCAAAAGAAGCCGAAUAUGUCGCAAUUGUUGGUGAAUAACAAGUGGAUCGCGACUAUAGCCGGAGAUUUGGCCGAAGUUGUCUUGAUACAAGGCCCCGUGGGACAAAAACUGACAAUAGGUUCAAAUGGAAAUUGGAAUUCAUCGGCUGAGCCCCAUUGGUACUUCCUCAAGUCUAACAAUUCAUUAGAAUUUACAACAGCGGAGAUUAGAGGAAAUUUCGACGGAUUAAUACUAGCCAAUGAGAUCGAGACUUUGUAUUCGAGAGUACCCACUUUAAAACUAUCGCAGAUUUUGGAAAUGUAUUAUGGUGCUCAUGGAUUGUUUGACCAUUCGAUUAGAGCGUGCAACCGAGGGAUAUUAUUUACAACAAUGACGAGCAACGCAUCUCAGACGAUGUUUGCGCAGACAUACAGCGCUUCUAUGGCCUUGAAAGAAGAUUUACAAAUAGCUACGCUAAACGACUACGUAAUCGAGGAGUUUGCGAAGGAAGCUGCGGACGUGCUAUCUGUGAAUGCCCAAUCUUUCUUGAAAGAUGACCUGUCAUGUGAACAGACGACGACGGGUUAUUUCAAAGAUACCGUUGAACUUUCGGCCGACCUGACAAUCAUUCUCGAUACAACAUGGCCUUUCGAGACAAUACGACCAAUCCUUACAAAUUUGCUAGAAAAUAUGAAGAUAAAUCCGUACAACAGUCAGUUUACCAUAAUCAACGCUCGUGACGGUAGUAUUAUGAUGAACACCACCGACGAUAUCUUGGAUUUUGCUAAUUAUAAUAAAACGAAUUAUAAAAACGUUACCAGUGGCUUCGACCUUAGCAAAACACUCGAGAAAUUGGAAAUUAUACAAAAGACAAAAUUAGAUAUUGAACGUAGCACCCUUGGAAAUGGAAAAUCCGACAUAAUUUUAAUUAUUCCAUAUACAUCGACUGUUCCUGAUCCCGAUAUGCCGUAUCUUAAAGAACAGCUUCAGAGGAUGCAGGAACAAGUGCCAGAUGCCACAGUAUUUAUACUGACUUAUAGAUCAAAAGACAGAUGGUUAGAUUACGUAAACGCAGAAAAUUUGUUUUCUAUCACCGGAGACGAAAAGAACGGAGCUUUGCCAACAAUCCUUGAUUUAGUUUCAAAAAUAAGAAAAGUCCCUCAACGUCUAAUCAAUACGGCAUGUGGAGCUAAUUAUACCCCCGCCGCGUCUACUAAUCCAUUCGACGGUUAUAUCGCGCCAAAUAUGGCUAUUUCUUACAGGAUGCAUCCCAAUUAUUUCUUCUCCAGGGAUUCGUCGCAUCGUUCGACAAUUAAAAUUGAGCAAUCUAUCAGUGGCACACCAUCGGGUGCACUGAAAGUAUGCACAUCACGACUACCUAUAAAUACUGAUUCUUCAAAAGGUGAGAAUGUAGAGUGCAUGAUACUGUCUGAAAAUGCAUAUACCGUUUCAUUUUCGUGUGAUGGAGCCGAGUACAUACACUCUUGCAAACCGUUUUACAUGAUAGUAUUUGCCAAUUCUUCAGUCGGAUCCUCCUAUCAGUGCACAGGUCAAUUUUGCAAAUUCCAAAACAUGAUGAAAUACACCGUCAACUAUGAGAAUUUGGUAUGCACAAGUAGCGCAAGUAUAAAUUUGCUGAACACCAUCAUUCUAAUCACAAGUAUAAUUUAUGUGUUUUCAUAAUGUGCAAU